GCAGUUCCCACAGCCCCUACAGUGCCAGCAGAUCAAAUGGAAAGCCAACUUCCGAUUCUUGAUUCAAAGCCUGAUGCUCCUCCUGCCUACAGCCCCCAUUUUGUGCCAGGGCCCCCAGGAUCAGCUGUGCCCCAACCUGGAACAGGGUUGCCUAUGGUAUACUAUAAUGCUCAGCAGCCCACUACCUACCCUUUGCACCAGCCAGGUGGUACCUCUCCUAUACAGUACCAACCUGGCAGAUAUCCGGCACCAAGACAAACUGCUCCAAUCACAUGGAUGACUGGGCCAACUCCUAUGCCAAACUGCCCUCCUGGUCUGGAAUUCUUAACCCAGUUGGAUAAUGUACAUGUUCUUCAGCAUUUCCAACCUAUAGAAAUGAUGAUUAAUUUUGAAGCUAAUAAUAAAUACGAUGUUCGCAACAAUGAGAAUCAGAUGAUUUAUGUGGUGACAGAAGAUACUGAUGACUACACCAGGAAUGCCUAUCGUGGCCUGAGGCCCUUUGUGCUCCGAGUCACUGACUCCAUGGGCCGUGAAGUGAUGACCAUGCAGAGACCCCUCAAGUGCACCAUAUGCUGCUACUGCUGCUGCCCAUCUACCAGGCAAGAGAUGGAAGUACAGUGUCCUCCUGGUGUCACCAUUGGCUUUGUUAGAGAGCACUGGAACCUGUUCCGGGCAAUUUACAACCUUCAAAAUGAAAAGAAAGAAGUUAUGAUGAAAAUUGUUGGCCCAUGCCUAAGCUCUGGCUGUUGUUCAGAUUUUGUCUUUCAGGUGAAAUCCCUGGAAGGCACAUCUAUAGGAAGUAUUACUAGGAAGUGGAAUGGCCUGGUGGCAGCUGUGGCUGACUCUGAACACUUUGAAAUUCGCUUUCCCUUAAACCUGGAUGUGAAGAUGAAAGCCAUGAUAUUUGGAGCCUGCUUCCUUAUCGACUUUGUACAUUUUGAAAGAUCUGCACAGUCUCGUCAUCACUCUCAUGGGCAUCAUGGGCACAGACAUUAAGCAAUUAUUGUAAUAAUAUAGAGAAAACAGACACCUUGUAUUGGGCUUGCAGUCAAUUUCCUGUUAUUGACAUUUGCUUUUCUGCUUUUGAAGAUUAUUUUUAAAUUGUCUUAGUUCUGACAGGUAAGCUGAGAGAGUAAGUAUAAGAAUGCCGUCUGAAUGUGGUUUUGAUUGAGUACAUGUCUAAUUGUCUCCCUGGUUAGACACUGGAGAUUCUCCUGUGGAAAUUUUGAAUCAGUAACAAAAUAAAACAUAUACACCAUGAGCUAUAAGCACACUUGAGAAUGAGAAACUAAGUCCCAGAGCUUUCACAUUAAUAGUAAGUGAAGUGGUGGACAGUUUGAUCCUACCUACAAACGAAUAAUACUUUUCAUCUUUUCCAAACCAAAAUAUGUCAGAUAAAUAUUGUUUUAUUUUAGAAGGAAAAUUGUAUUUGCAUGCGUGUAUGGAGACUUCAUUUUGCCAAAGUUUACAAAAGUUUCUGUGGAUAUUUUUCUUUUAUUAUAAAUUAAGCAUACUUUUUUAUCAUAAGAUAUUUUCCCAUGACUAAUAUUAACUUCACAAGCAUGGAAAAGCAGGAGGUACCUGUAUGGGAAUAAAAGAUUAGUUUAUUAAUUUAUGUGAUGACUAGGUCCAUAGGCUGUGUGUAGAAGUUCAAGCAGCUUAGAGACAGCCCCUGAAAA